AUGACAGAGCUGAGGCUUACUGAGGGUUCAGGUCUCUCAGAUUGGGAGAAAAAAAAAGAGCUUAGUGAUAGCAGCCUGACACCGGGGUAUGAAGGCUGGUGGUGGGCUGACCUUCUUCUGUCCUCUGCAGGUGUCCAGAUCCACGAGCGGACGAGUGUCAGUCAUGUGUCAGUGCAGAAGGGUCGUGUGACUGGAGUUGAGACCGACAGAGGACACAUUAAAUGCCAGUACUUCGUCAACUGUGCUGGCCAGUGGGCCUAUGAGUUGGGCCACUCUGGGGAGGAACCAGUCAACAUCCCACUGCAUGCCUGCGAGCACUUCUACCUCCUGACACAUCCCUUGAAGGAGCCUCUGGCAAACAACGUCCCGACUGUUGUGGACCCCGAUGGCAGGAUCUACAUCCGCAACUGGCAGGGCGGAAUCCUCUCGGGGGGCUUUGAGAAAAACCCCAAACCUCUUUUCACGGAGGGACGGAACCAACUGGAGAUCCAUAACCUUCAGGAAGACUGGGAUCACUUUGAACCGCUUCUGAGCUCCCUUCUGCGCAGGAUGCCCAACUUGGAGGCUCUGCAGAUCAUGCAGUUGGUGAAUUGCCCAGAGUCCUUCACGCCAGACAUGCGGUGCAUCAUGGGCGAGUCGCCCACCGUGCGGGGAUACUUCGUUCUGGCUGGGAUGAACUCGGCUGGGAUCUCAUAUGGUGGGGGAGCAGGCAAGUACCUGGCAGAGUGGAUGGUAAAUGGCUAUCCAUCAGAAAACGUCUGGCCUUUGGAUUUGAAGCGUUUUGGCACCCUUCAGAGCAGCCGCACCUUCCUCCGUCACCGUGUGAUGGAAGUCAUGCCUCUCAUGUGUGACCUGAAAGUUCCCCGCUGGGACUUCCAGACGGGCAGACAGCUGCGUACCUCCCCGCUGUACGACCGCCUGGAUGCCCAGGGUGCCAGGUGGAUGGAGAAGCACGGCUUUGAGAGGGUCAAAUACUUCGUCCCACCUGGGAAAGAUCUGCUGGAUUUGGAUCAGAGCAAAACCUUCUACAAACCAGACUGGUUUGAUAUUGUGGGUUCCGAAGUCAAGUGCUGCAAGGAAGCAGUCUGUGUGAUCGACAUGUCCUCUUUUACCAAGUUUGAGAUAAGUUCCACAGGAGACCAGGCGCUGCAGAGCCUGCAGUACCUCUUCUCCAACGACCUGGAUGUGCCAGUGGGGCACGUUGUGCAUACUGGCAUGCUGAAUGAGAACGGAGGGUACGAGAACGACUGCAGCAUAGCACGCUUGAGCAAACGCAGCUUCUUUAUGAUUUCCCCAACUGACCAACAAGUCCAUUGCUGGGCCUGGCUGAAGAACCAUUUGCCUGAAGAUAGCAACUUGACCAUAGAAGAUGUGACCUGGAAGUACACAGCUCUCAACCUGAUAGGCCCCCGUGCUGUGGAUGUCUUGUCAGAGUUGUCCUAUGCCCCAAUGACUCCAGAACACUUUCCUUCUUUCUUCUGCAAGGAGAUGAGCGUGGGCUACGCUAAUGGCAUCCGUGUGAUGAGUAUCACUCACACAGGAGAACCUGGAUUCAUGCUUUAUAUUCCCAUCGAGUACGCCCUCCAUGUGUACAACGAGGUGAUGAACAUGGGGCAGAAGUAUGGGAUCCGGAACGCCGGUUAUUAUGCGCUCCGCAGCCUCCGGAUCGAGAAGUUUUUUGCCUUCUGGGGCCAGGAUCUGGAUGCCUUUACCACUCCUAUGGAGUGUGGCCGUGAGUUCCAGGUCAAGCUGGAAAAGGGGAUGGAGUUUGUUGGCCAGGAAGCUCUGUUGGAGCAGAAGCAGAACGGGGUAUACAAACGCUUCACCAUGUUCAUUCUCGAGGACCACGACACAGAUAUGGACCUCUGGCCCUGGUGGGGCGAACCCAUCUUCCGCAACGGCCGCUACGUGGGCAAAACCACCAGCAGUGCCUACAGCUACACUCUGGAGCGCCACGUCUGCCUUGGCUUCGUGCAGCACUUGGAUGAGAAGACAGGGGAAGAGCUGGUGGUGACGACUGACUUCAUCAACCAGGGCGAGUACGAGAUCGACAUCGCCGGGCAGCGCUUCCAGGCCAAAGCCAAACUUUACCCCUUCAGCUCCCUCUUUGCUCAGCGUCGCCGCAAGGAUGAGGUGGAACUGAGCGGCUACCAGAGGGAGUAGUGCUGGCUGGAGCCCCACUCCUUUUCCCAAGCUGGAGUCUUCAGCUGCCAUCUUCCAGCGCUCUCUCCACACCCCAUACGUUUCUUUCUUUUUCCUUUCCCGUCUUGCAGCUUUUAAACUUUUUUCCAGCGUGUUCCAUUUUGUAUGUUUUAAAACUUUAAUUCUCCAGCUUUCUGAACCCUGUCUGUCUCCCCCCUCUCAGCCCUUUGCUUGCCAGGCUCCCCGUGUCUCAAAGCACAGUGCUGAACGUGCACCCAGAUGCCCAAGGGAGCGUUUUAGUGGGAAGCCUGUAUAGGAGCAAACAUCUCCAUAGCCAUGCAGUGAUGGGAGGGGCUCGGGGGAGCUCCUGAGGACUACAGCCUUUCUCUCUCCUGCAGCAUAAGGCUCAGGACAGCAGGUAUUGGCUCUGCUCUGCUGUCGCUUUGGCAGGUGACCACUUUGCAGAGGGGUCAGUGCAUCGAUGCACACAGCAAUAGGGCGACCAGCUACCUCACCAGCACAGCACAGAGCAUUGGGUGAGCAGCUGCCAGCAGGCAGGUGUUGGUGUGUCCCAGCCUGCCCAGCACUGCUCCACCGUUUUGCUUAGCAGGGAGCCCAGUAGUGUUAACCAUCACAUCAUGGAGAUGAUGCUGGUAAGUUGUCAUUUGGGUUGGAUUUUUUUUUUAUUUUCGUGUUAGGUCUGCGAAGUCAAAAGGCCCACACAAGUGUUGGUCUUCAGUUGUAUUUAUGGGAAUUCUAUACGGAUAAAUAAUGCAUAUUAUCAGUCUUUAUAUGUAUAAUUGAAGACCAACACGUGUUUUAGUUCUGUAAAGGAGUGGGGUUGUUUUCUGUUAGCAGAAAUGCUGAUGUCUAACAAGGGCAGAUGUUGGUGUUUCAUGCUAACAGCACUGUUGAAACACCACUUCUGUUUCAGGCACACAGUGUACGGUCCCUCUGUGAACAUUCUUUCACUUUCCCUCAUUUCUGUGUCUGUCUGGCGAGGUUCACGCAGUGAACACAAGUUUCUUACAAACCUGUGUUUGGGGAACAUAAGGAAAACAGGUGGUGCCAAGUUGUGUCACACAGGUUGAUGUCUUUCUCUUCUCGUUGUGAGAGCAACCAGAAGCAAAGCUUUUCUGUUUCCUGGAAGGAGGUGGUUGGCUGUUCCUCCUGCCCCUGGCACCCCCUAUUCACUGUGGCUUUCCUGCUCCCCUCGGUGCCAACAUCCCCCUGGAGUUUAAACUCAGCCUCGCACUGAUGCAGCCGUGAUGAACACUUUGUAAUUUGGAACCUUUUGGGGGCAUUUUCCAGUGAAGUAGUGAACAUCACAAGUGUAAAUAUGAGCUCCAAGCCUUGGCAAGCUCCUGCUUUCUUUCCUGCUACUUCAGUUGUGCCUUCAGUUGAACCUUUGGUCGACCAGUUUGUGAUUGAGAUGUUCUCAGUGUACAGGAGUUGGAUGGGCCCGAGGCAACGAGGGUGGAAGGGAAAACCCUUUAUGCCUUAAGAACAGGAAGCCAGAGCAAGUUCCCCAUUCAGGAAGGUAUGGAAGCUGCAGAACUUAGAAGUGGAACUUUGUGUUGACUCUCCAGUACCAGAAAUAGAGUGAGAACAGCCCUACGUCACGCUGGUCGAUGGAGGAGCGCUGUGCCAGGGCUGAGGCUCAGGGCUGGGUGGUUUGGCACCUGCUCCUGCCUUCCCUUCUGCAAGUUCUGAUUCUUCUUUUGGAUCUGGAGCUGUAUUCUGUCCCUCGCUGUGGCCGUGCCUGACCUCCCGUGCCUUGCGUGUCUUUGAGAGGCUGCUGAAGCAACCCGUACUGGAGAAAGGACUUCAUUGUUGACAUUUAAUGAUCUGGGGAUAAGGGGAAGCUAGCUGUUCAGAAGUGUUUUCUAUUUCAGGAGGGUGUGUUGCAGUGAUUUUCACAUCUGUCUUUGCCAGACUUCCUUUCUUCCUUGUGUCUCUGUCUGGAUUUUCUGUUCCUUGCUGCUGCAGUCCGUCUUACUGUUCUUUGGUGAGGAGGAGGGGCUGUGCAAUACCUGCCCUGCAUCUCGGGAUCGUGGUGUAAGCCUGGGUUCCUCCUCCUGUUGCUGUGCCCGCUCUCAGCCCCUGGCACAGGGCUUCCUCAGACUGAGGUCCUGUGCUUCCAUGGGACCUCAGGCAGUAGCUGAUGGGCCGAUGGGGGGGAAAGGCAGAGACUAAAACUCUUACAUUUGAGGAGGGGAAAAAAAUCUACGACAAACGACUGCUCUCCACUUCUGCAAAGGAAAUCCAUUGCUUACGGGGCAGGAUUCUUGUUUUAGAGCAGAACACGUGGCUGCUGGUAAAGCCCAGCAAAAACAUCAUCACCUUUGGAUUUGUCUUCCCAACUGGUUUCACUGGGACAUUUGGGCAGCUCGAUUCUGCCCAUGUCAGCAAGUUGAAGGCUUUAAACUUCCUUAAGUGACUGCCAGGGCUGGGGCUGGCUUAUUUUACCUCCCCAUUCCAGCAGGAAACAGGAUGCGGGGGAGCAGGGAGUAGUGCCACCAGACAUGCAGGAAGAGCAGGCAGCAUUUCUCUUUGCACUUUAACCACGAUGGCUGUAGCUGCUCGGAGCCCUCAGCAGGAGCAGCCCCGGGUGUUUUGGGGCAGGAAAAGAGCCUGGAAGCAUUGGCUCAGCUCCUCCUGGGCGAGGUGACUGCGCUCUGCAGGCAGUCAGAAUGUGCUCCCACUGCGGGUACCUUCAGGCUGCUUGCCCAAAGCCCCUCUCACUUCUUGCAGUCUCCCAAGCUAUUUUCAAGAGCUGCGAGGACUUCCAAAAGGGUUCUAUGGCAGAAACGUCAGGAACGAGUGCAGCUUGAGGCUGUGAAAGCGUUCCUUAGUGCCUUACGCGGUGGAAGGGGUGGAGGUGGGCAGAGCAUCUCACUGUGCCCACGCAGGGUCUCUGCAUGGGAGGACGCAGGCAGCUCCUUCAAGCUGAGGGGCUGAGGAGAUGCAGCACUGCUCCUGCCUGGCCAUGGAGGACACAGAUUGUUCCCAAGCACACAAACGGGGCUGAGCUGGCUGCUCUCUGCUGGGGCUGUUCUGUACGCUGUAUUUAUGCCGCGCUUUACGUCAUUUCAUAUUUUGGUUGGCUUGAAUGUUGCUGGGUUUGUAUAUUAAUAAAGAAGUGUUUUAACUACUCC